AUGCAAAAACAUCCCAUCUUACCUAUCAAUACUCCCAGAGAUGCCACUUAUCCCAUUCAAUAUUAGCCUACUUUCAGGAAAUAGCAGGAUGCUGUAACUCCAACUUUAAAUGCAAUGAGCAAGAAAACUGAAAUUCCAAGAGCGCCAUCGGCUAUGAAUAAUAAAUUAUAUGCAGAAUAAACUAUGAUGAGAACUAAACAAUAUUAACUUGAUUAAUAGUAAUUAACCUCAAUUAAAGGCAGUCUUUCUAAUUGUAACAGCAAUAAAUCCAGGAGUUCUAAAAACUCCACAGGCUUUGAGUAAGUUGCAAACAUAUUUAGUGAAGCAGCAUAGUAGAAUCAAUCAUCUAACAUACGUAUCUCCCAUUUCCAUACAAACACUGCUCCAGUUAAUUUGUAUGAAUAGAAAUUCAAUGACGAAAUGUUCCUUCUCAAAGAUCAAGACACAGGAACUGUCUAUGACAUUAGAUAAGUCGAGAAGAUUCAAGUUAAUAAAGAUUACAUGGCCAAGUUGAAAAAAAGACAUAAAUCGGCAUGGUAAGGUUGGUGGCAAUAAAAAAGAGAAAACAAUCACUAUCUAAUCCUAAAUGCCAAAUAAAACAACAUCAAGGAGGUUGAAAAAUUAUUGGAAAUCCCUACAAAAGAUUUAAAGCCAGAAAUCAAUAUUAAGGAUGAUAAUGGUAUAUCAUACAUGAUGACAUUAGGAUUUGCCUCAAUUCAUUAUAGUUGUUUAAAUUAGAACUAUGACUUAUCCCUUUUACUUCUCAAAAACGAAGCCGAUUGUGAUUCUGUCAAUGCCCAAGGUUAAACACCAUUAAUCAUAUGUGCUUAAAAUGGAUGUGAUUCUAUCGCUACUCUAUUAUUAACAAUAGGAUCUGAUAUCAAUCAUAUUGAUAAUCAUUAAAAUACUGCAUUGCAUUAUGCUUGUUUAUUUUGUAUCUAAUUAUUGAUUCAUCUAUUUUUAGAACAUAUUAGAAUAGCAGAAAUACUUUUGGCCAGACCUUCUUUGCAACUAAAUUUAAAAGAUCUAGAUAAUGAAUCUCCUGUAGAAUUAAUAUAAAAUAACAAUGCACUCAAAAAUCUUAUUGAAAAACAUUAUAGGAUGAAAAAGGAAUCAUUCAAUUAAUGUCAUAAAGUCUAAAUCUAUGAUGAUUCCAAAGAACAAUAGAAAGUGAAUUCCCCAACAAGUAAACAAUAAUAUUAUCUAACAAACUAAUAUCAGUAAACAUCCAAAUGUUACUCACCUUAUUAAACUGAUAAUUAGUUUUCUACAUCCAAUCGAUCAACCCUCAAUCAAGUUUCUUAAUUAAAUGAUAGUGAAAUGAUUGGACCCUCCAAUAUUAGAAUUAUAUUGUAAAUUGGUAAAGGAUCAUUUGGAGAUGUUUAUUUAGUUGAGAAAAGAAAUUAGAGUAAAACUACAUAAGGGUAAAAGUACGCCAUGAAAGUACUACCAAAAAGUAAAUUCUUGGGACACAAUCUAAUUAGAUAUGCUAUGGCUGAAAGGAAUAUCUUAUCUUAUUUAAAUCAUCCCUAUAUUGUUAAGUUAAGAUAUGCUUUUUAAACAAACACUCAUUUAUGUUUAUUGAUGGAUUUCUGUCCUGGAGGAGAUUUAUCUAAGAUUAUUUAAAAUUAGAAAAGAAUUCCUGAAUAAGCAGCUAAACUAUAUAUUGCAGAAAUUCUGACUGCUUUAGAACAUCUUCAUAAAAAUGAUAUUAUCUAUAGAGAUUUAAAACCAGAAAACAUCGUUAUUGAUGCUUAGGGUCAUGCUAUGUUGACAGAUUUUGGGUUAUCAAAAGAAGGAGUCAGAGAUAAUUAUGGAGCCAAAAGCUUUUGUGGAUCAAUGGCAUAUUUAGCUCCUGAAAUGUUAAAACGAGUAGGACAUGGUAGAGCUGUUGAUUGGUAUCAUUUAGGGAUAUUAUUAUAUGAAAUGAUUAGUGGUAAGCCUCCUUAUUUCUCACCCAAUAGGGAUGAAAUGCUGAAUAAUAUAGAAUGCAAUAAGAUUUCAUUCCCUGAUAAUAUUUCAAAAGAAUGCAAAUCAAUCAUACAAUUGCUUUUAGAAAAGAAUCCUAUGACAAGGUUGGGUGCAUCAUCAAGAGAUGCUGAUGAAAUAAAGGAUCAUCCCUUUUUUAAGUAAAUUAAUUGGGAUGAUUUGCUAAAAAAGUAAACAUAUUUAAACUAUAAAAAUAGAAAAUAUAAACCUCCUUAACCAAUUAUUAAUUAGGAGAUUUUAAAUUAAAAAUUUGACAUCCCAUUCGAUUUUAUUUUAUCGGCUGACAAAUCAAGUUCUAUAAAUUACAUUAAUGGAUGGUCAUUUAUUAAUAAUGAUUUCAGCUAAUUUUGA